AUGCGAGGCUAUCUGCAAUUCAUCAUUCUUCUCUUCGUGCUUUACUUCUGGGCUUGUGUCCCAUUUGUCUACACAGUAUCCUUCAUGUUUUCAUCCCCUUCGAAAGCGAACGUUUUGCUGAUCAUUUGGCAGCUUGUUGCGGCUUUUGCAGCAAUGAUAGUACUGUUUUUAUUGAGUCUCCAAGAAACUGUUGAUCCAUCGCUACUUGAGAUUAUUGGAUCAAUUUUGCUCUGUUUCCUGCCAUCUUUCGCUGUUGGGAACGCUGUAAUGACCGUAGGACAAUCUUCAGCGGAAAAACUUCCACCCCAUUUGCUCUGGGAAUGGAACAUGCUGGGCAAGAAUUUGACAUUUAUGCUCAUAUUUGGAUGCUUCUCUUCUUUGCUUUUCGUACUGUUUCAAUUCAAGUCAGUGAGAUAUCGUUGGUUCCAAAUUUGGGAUUUGCGAUAUGGACGGAGAAACUAUGGAAAGGUCGCUAAUGAUGAAGAAGACAGUGCAGUUAGAGAAGAACGCAUCUAUGUGACUGAAUCGGGCGAGGACCUGGCUUUGGAAGUCAAGCCCAUUGGCUAUUGCCCACAGUUUGAUGCUUUGAUGUUAGAUCUGACUGGAAGGGAAAGCUUGGAGAUCCUAUUUGUAUUCAUAAUGUAUGUGUUGUGA